AUGCUUAAACAUCAGAUUUAUUCGAAGGAAGACGUUGAAGUAGAUAAACAAUAUCCAUGUACAGUAGAGUUACAUGACAAUCAUAAUCAUAGAGUAGAUGUUGCAGAUGCUCUUAGGGAAAGGCCUUUGGGUCCUGAUGCCAAACAAGAACUUUUACAUUUAUUUGAGAAAGUUCAUUCAGCUGGUUCUGCUUACCACACUUUUUAUGCAACAAAUAUGGAAUUAUAUGGAAAUAAAUAUAAUGAGAAAAAUUUUUAUCGCUUCUAUUUUCCUACAAAAUCAGAUGUCAGAAACUUAUGGCAAAAGACGUUAAAGCAGCAGUAUGGUGAACGAACUGAGUUUAUCAUGCUAAAAAAACUUCAAGAAAUUUUAUCAUCAAAAAAUGGAACCUUAUUUAAAAUAGUGCAGGUAGGAGAUCAGUAUGCAGCUUCCAUUUCUACACCAUUAAUGCAGAGCGCUCAAAAGCUUCCACAAGUAUUGGAAAUAUUAUUUGUACAUGCUACAGGAAAUUGUGACUUACAAGACCACAAGGUUUAUUCUUUGUAA